GUGUUUUUUACCCAUGUUAGUCCUCUCUGGCGCAUCAGUCGAGGCAGAUCUUGGAGCUGCUGGAAGAGGUGGAGGGGGUGGGAGCGAAAGAGUCCAUCACUGAGAGAGCGCGCGAGAGACCGAGGGAAGGAAACUUGGCGGGCGCGUCGCUGGUUCCUGGGAUCCCAACACAAGCGCGAGAGAGGAAACGCCAAAUUUGUUUUUGCCCGGGCGGGGAAAAGGGCAGAUCUGGGCCUGCGGGAGGCCCCGAGAGUCGUUCAGAUUUUGGUAGGGGAAGGAGAGCGAGUGUGUGCGUGUGCCUGCGCUUGUGUAUAUGAGCGAGGGGCGGGCGCCGGGCGGCGGGGAUGGCCGAGAAGCGGAGGGGCUCGCCGUGCAGCAUGCUAAGCCUUAAGGCGCACGCCUUCUCCGUGGAGGCACUGAUCGGCGCCGAGAAGCAGCAACAGCUUCAGAAGAAGAGGCGAAAGCUGGGCGCAGAGGAGGCGGCCGGGGCCUUAGAUGACGGAGGCUGCAGCCGCGGCGGCGCCGCCGGAGAAAAGGGCUCCUCUGAGGGAGACGAAGGCACUGCGCUCUCGCCGCCGGCUGGGGCGGCAUCCGGGCCCAUCCGGAGCUGUGCAGACCUGGAGCGGAGCUGCGGUUCCCGCGGAGCCGCGGGCGGCUGUGAGGACGGCUUCCUGCAGGGCGCUUCCCCACUGGCAUCCCCAGGAGACUCCCCGAAGGGGUCCCCGGUGCCCGCCCUGGCCCGGCCCGGGACCCCGCUGCCCUCGCCGCAGGCCCCGCGGGUGGAUCUGCAGGGAGCUGAGCUCUGGAAGCGCUUUCACGAGAUUGGCACGGAGAUGAUCAUCACCAAGGCCGGCAGGCGCAUGUUUCCAGCAAUGAGAGUGAAGAUAUCAGGAUUAGAUCCUCACCAGCAAUAUUACAUUGCCAUGGAUAUUGUGCCAGUGGACAACAAAAGAUACAGGUAUGUUUACCACAGCUCUAAAUGGAUGGUGGCGGGCAACGCUGAUUCCCCUGUGCCACCCCGGGUGUACAUUCAUCCAGACUCGCCUGCCUCAGGGGAGACUUGGAUGAGACAAGUGAUCAGUUUCGACAAGCUGAAGCUCACCAACAACGAACUGGAUGACCAAGGCCAUAUUAUUCUUCAUUCUAUGCACAAAUACCAACCGCGAGUCCAUGUCAUCCGUAAAGACUGUGGGGAUGAUCUUUCUCCCAUCAAGCCUGUUCCAUCUGGGGAGGGAGUGAAGGCAUUCUCCUUUCCAGAAACUGUUUUCACCACUGUCACCGCCUAUCAGAACCAGCAGAUUACUCGCCUGAAGAUAGAUAGGAAUCCCUUUGCCAAAGGCUUCCGAGACUCUGGGCGUAACAGAAUGGGUUUGGAAGCCCUUGUGGAGUCAUAUGCAUUCUGGAGACCUUCACUACGGACCCUCACCUUUGAAGAUAUCCCUGGAAUUCCCAAGCAAGGAAAUGCAGGUUCCUCCACCUUACUCCAAGGUUCUGGGAAUGGCGUUGCGGCCACCCACCCUCAUCUUCUGUCCGGCUCCCCUUGCUCGUCUCCAGCCUUCCACCUGGGACCCAACACCAGCCAGCUGUGUAGUCUGGCCCCGGCUGACUACUCCGCAUGCGCCCGCUCUAGCCUAACCCUCAACCGAUACAGCACGUCCUUGGCCGAGACCUACAACAGGCUCACCAAUCAGACGGGCGAGACCUUCGCCCCGCCCAGGACUCCUUCCUACGUGGGCGUGAGCGGCAGCGCCUCGGUGAACAUGUCCAUGGGCGGCACGGAUGGGGACACCUUCAGCUGCCCACAGACCAGCUUGUCCAUGCAGAUUUCCGGGAUGUCCCCCCAGCUCCAGUACAUCAUGCCUUCACCCCCCAGCAACGCCUUUGCUGCUAACCAGACACACCAGGGUUCCUAUAACACGUUCAGGUUACACAGCCCCUGUGCCUUGUAUGGAUAUAACUUCUCCACAUCCCCCAAACUGGCUGCCAGUCCUGAGAAAAUUGUCUCUUCCCAAGGAAGUUUCUUGGGGUCCUCACCGAGUGGGACCAUGACGGAUCGGCAGAUGUUGCCCCCCGUGGAAGGAGUGCACCUGCUUAGCAGUGGGGGUCAGCAGAGUUUCUUUGAUUCUAGGACCCUAGGAAGCUUAACUCUCUCAUCAUCUCAAGUGUCUGCACAUAUGGUCUGAUGAAGCCUUUAAGUUAAACUACAUUGGAAUCUGGCUAAUGUAUAUUCUUUCUUCGUUUUCCUUGUCUUUUCUUUUUGGAAAGCAAUAUGAAAAGAAACUUAUCAGUAGCUUGUAAAAUGUACAUAUAAUAGAAAAUGAAGGCUCACUGAGUUUUUUUGACUUUCUCAUGGUGAGAUUGUAAUUAUCUUUGGUACAUAUGUAUACUGUAUAUGGUAUGUGGGGUUUUGCAGCCUACAAAACCACAUCCUCCCUCUAUUUUCCCCCCAGUUACACAGAGUAUUGGCAUAAAUGUAGUAUGUUUAACCAAAGUUCUCAUACUUUUUAAAAAACCAAACAGCAGACUUAAAAGUUGGCAAUGACACUAACCAGACUAAGACAUAUAACUUAAUUUAUCAGGAAAAUGCUCUACACAGUUUCCUACUUGAGGGUUGAUAACCAGCAGUAACCAGCACACAGAGUCUUGUGAUUUCUGUUAUUCUUGGGCACAAUGUGAGAACCUAAGUCAGUAGAAGUCUUAGUAAUAGUACUGAGGUAUCUGUAAUCAUGAAGGAUUAGCUUUUGUGUUCCUACUU